AUGCUGCGCUUCAGACGCUACCGCGUCUUUCUCGUCGCAGCGGCAGUAAUCAUCUUCCUCUUCGUCCGAUUGAGACAUCAGGAUGGCUGGUCGGAAGCCACACCCCUCAAAGACCUAGGGUCUGCACCGCAGCAAAAGGGGGAAGGAGAUGGAGACUCUUCUCCAGACAAGGCUGCGGCGGAUGCCAAAUUCCUCCAGCCGGCCUCACAACCUUCAACUAAAAGGCAGCAGUUGCCAUUAGGACCGACGAAGACAAAGGGGGCGCCUGCCUCCGCAGCAGUUGCGUCUAAGACGAAAUUCGGUUCAAAGUCCACUGUGGCCAGUACAACGGCCCCUCCGCCUACCAUACCUAAUAUUGGCAUCCCCGACAGAAAGCUGCCACCUGCGAGAAUAUAUGUGGAUGAUGAUGGCAUGGACGACGUUCAUCCCGUUGCUCCCCCUGGACGGCAAGAAGCGCCAUCAUUUACUGCCGAGACCACAAUACACUGGGAGAAGCAAGUGCAGCAUUUUCCUGUGCCUACGGAGUCCAUUAUACAACUACCUACAGGCAAACCGCUUGCAAUCAAUAAAAUUCAGCAUUCAUUCAGCGACGAAACCCACGACGCGAAGACAAAGCGGGAGGCGAGGCAAGCAAGGGUGAAGGAAGAAUUCCAAAAGGCUUGGGCUGGAUACAAGAAAUACGCAUGGCUGCAUGACGAGCUGUCUCCAGUCUCAGGGAAGUUCCGGGAUCCAUUCUGUGGGUGGGCUGCAACUCUGGUGGAUUCUCUAGACACUCUCUGGAUCAUGGGCCUCGAAGAAGAGUUUGAAGAGGCAGUCAGGGCUGUCGAUUUGAUAGAUUUUACCACAAGCUCGCGGAACGAGAUCCCCGUUUUCGAGACCACCAUUCGGUACUUGGGUGGCCUCCUGGCUGCUUACGACGUUAGUGGUGGAAGGUUUAAGAAUCUGCUGGGAAAAGCUGUAGAACUCGCCGAGAUUCUGAUAGGAGCAUUUGACACGCCGAAUCGGAUGCCAGUUUUAUACUACAAUUGGAAACCAGCGUACGCAUCUCAGCCUCACCGUGCUAGCUCGCGGUCAAACCUAGCAGAACUUGGGUCACUUUCAAUGGAGUUCACGAGACUGGCGCAGCUAACUCAUAACACGAAAUACUACGAUGCUGUAGCGCGUGUGACUGAUGCGUUGUCAGAAUGGCAGGAUCGAGGUACACCCCUCGAUGGCGUCUUUCCGGAGAAUGUGGAUGCUUCAGGUUGUAAUCGGACAGCAAGAUUUGUCAACCAGCAACCUAUCGCUCCUCCAGUAGUUGUUCCCGAUAAAGACGCGGAGGAAGUUCUGGGCUACCAGCCUGCCAUCCCGGGCGUUGUCCAAGAACCCAAGCCGAAGAAGAAACCUACCAAAGAUAGUUCUGGAGGGCCUGGCACUUUACAAUUUCAGAUCACCCCGGGCGAGCCAGCUAAGGGCCAGGUACUUGGUUGGGAGGAUACACAUCCAAAUCAGGAAAAAAAGUCGUCGAAGAGAGAUAUGGGUAAUGAAUCCACAGUUGCUGACACAACACCUACUCCGACACGCGGACAGGGCAUAGUAGACAGACAAGCAGCGGAAGAUGACUGUGUACCACAAGGUUUAACGUCCGCUGGGUAUGAUAAAUUCUCAAUGGGAGGCGGGCAGGACUCAACAUAUGAGUAUUUCCCAAAGCAAUACCUACUACUUGGCGGUCUUGAGGACAAAUAUCGGCCAUUAUACAUGAAGACGAUUCAAGCUGUCCGAAAGUGGAUGCUGUACCGGCCGAUGGUUCCUGGCAACCGCGAUAUUCUAUUUUCCGGUUUAGUCACGAAUAGGGGUAGCUCUGAAGAUGACCUAGUGCUAUCUGCUGAGGUAGAACAUCUCACAUGCUUCAUCGGCGGGAUGGUUGGGAUGGCUGCGAAGAUAUUUGAUCUUGAGGGCGAUUUGGAACUCGCUAAGAGGCUUACUGAUGGCUGUGUAUGGGCGUAUAACUCAACACCUUCAGGUAUUAUGCCGGAGGGAGGGAUUGUGUUUCCCUGCGAGAGCGCUGAGCACUGCACGUGGAAUGAGACGGCUUAUCACAGGGCAUUGGAUCCAUAUGCGGACUCGAGAGCACAAGAUGUUGCACAAUACAUAGCCAACAAGAAAGCUGUCGAGGAAGAAGAGCGCGACAGGGAGGCAGAAGCUGCUAGAGUCGCCGCUGAAGAGAAACCUGGAUUAUCUGAAGCUGAGGCUCCCCAUAACCAAUCUUCUAGUAGGGAGCUAUCACCAGAUGCUCACCUGGGCAAGAAAUCUUCCGACCUUGCAGCUAAUACGAAUGGCGCCAAUUCGUUGCGGAACAGCGACCGGGCGUCCUUGCAAAAGCGCGAAAUAGUCAGCUCUUCCAAGGGGAAAACAUCUGGUCCCAACGACGAGUCUCUGUCAUCAGUUGAAUUAUCACCCUCAGAGCGUUUGUACAAUCAAAAGUCGGAGACAGCGAAAGCCGGAUUGCAGGACGUGUCAGGCAAGGGCCGGAAUGCCGACUUGCCACUUCAGGAAACAAAGGGGAAGACGUUGCGAGAUCCCUUAAUGCCGUACACGCAUGAGGGGUAUGUCAAGAACAUGAUUGAACAAAACGGGCUUCCUGAGGGCUACGUAAGCAUUCGCGAUAAGAGAUACAUAUUAAGACCGGAAGCAAUCGAAUCCGUGUGGUAUAUGUACCGCAUCACAGGCGACAGUUCGUGGCAAGACAAAGGCUGGAAAAUGUUCAAAUCUGUCAUCGAUGCUACAAGCGUAGAGCACGGCCACUCAGCCAUCGUCGAUGUUACAACGUCAAAUUCGACCAAAGCGGAUGAGAUGGAAAGCUUCUGGCUCUCUGAAACGCUGAAGUACUACUAUCUGCUGUACUCAACACCGGACACGAUCAGCUUGGAUGAAUGGGUUCUUAAUACCGAAGCUCACCCAUUCAAGAGACCUUCAUGA